AUGGACCCGGAUUUGGACGUGGCCUGCUACGACAGCAGUCACUACAGGUGGAUGCUCUUCGUCGGCUGUAUACGUUACACAAGCACCCUUGACGACCCGCGCACGAAACUCCAGCUCUCUUUGACGGGUGCAAGACCAAGUAUAACUACUGGGAAAUCUGGUGCAACUGCCUCUAUUGUCCGUGACGCGCAUGACGAGAUCGUACGGUCAUGA